GUUCAUAUGUGACGUGAGAGCAGAGACAGUCUGUAUUCUGCGCAGAGAGGCUGGAAAUGAAGUUCACACAUUCGCUGCUCUGCCUGUUCGUGGUGGUGUCCACUGCCUUGGCAGAGGAUGACACAGUGGUGAACCCUAGAGGCGCUCGUCCUAUUGAGCACGGCUUCAAGGCACAAGACACCUGCCAGACAAAAGAAUGGCCAAUGUGUACUGAUGAUGACUGGGGAAGCAAAUGUCCAUCUGGCUGCCGAGUUCAAGGCCUCAUGGACAAAGCAGACCAUGAUCUCCUCAAGAAGAUUGAAAAGAUUCGACGUCUCCUGGUGGAGGGCCAGAAACUAUAUCGCUCUGCCGAUGAAGUGUCCAAAACCACCUAUACUUACCUGAGAGAGAAACUGACCUCUAACAGUGGUUAUGAUAACAGGUACAUGUCUCUGGCCGAACAACUGAGGCAGAGGAUUACUGAUAUCAAGAUUAAAAUUGACCGCCAACUCAGAAUUCUGGAUGCUCUGAAGUCGCAGGUCAAAGAUCAAGUUGUUGUAAUGCAGCGACUUGAGGUUGACAUUGACAUCAAACUACGCACAUGCAAGGGGUCUUGUGCCAGCUACAGCGAGUUCUCGGUGGACAGAGAGAGCUACGUGACUCUGGACAAGCAAAUGGACAAUCUGAACACCAUGCGUGUACAGAGCGUGGAGACCGUCAGUUCCUUGGGAAUCAUGAAGAGCAGGCCGCUGAAGGAUGUGUUGGUGCCUACCAUUUAUAAGAGCGGAACGGGCAAAGCCGAACAGAAGCUGCUUUUUGGAGACGUGGGCCAGAUGCAGCUCUCUCUGGAAGCUGAAGGCUCCACUGCUGAAUCUGCCGCCACAGUUAGCAAGUUCCCAACAUCAGGUACGGGCUCCACAUCACAAACCUCCUCCAGCACCACCUCCGUCAAGCAGUGCACCAAAUCAGUUCGCAAGGUGGUAACACACACCAAAGAUGGCCCCGUGGAGAAGGUCGAAGUUUCGACUAGCGGGCCGGGGUGUGAAGAUUUAGGAAAACUAGGAAUUUCAGAUUCAGAGUUUUUGACUGCAGCCAAAGAAGGGAAAGAUUUGAGCCGUGAUGGCAUGAAAAUAACCGUGACCGGGGGCGAUGAAAAGUCCCUCACUUCUCUAAGUCAUGGUACUUCUGAUCUGGGUGGCUUCGGAGGAGACUUCUUUAAGAAUCUUGGCACUGACAACCGAAAGUAUGCCUCAUCUUCAUCAUCAACAUCCACAAAGACAGUGUCAGAUGGAAGCAAAAGUUAUUCAAAGACCACCCUCACUAGCGACCCUAUUUUUGGGGAUGACCUCGGGGCGUUCAUGCGGGGCGAUGUGGAGGAAGAUCUGCCUGACAUCCACGCACGCAGUGUGAAAUCGCAAGAUGAGCGCAAGGCUGGCUUUGUUGGCGGAGAUUGCGUUGAAAUCCAGCAGAAGCACGUGAACGGCGGUCAGAGCGGGAUGUUCAAAAUAAAACCAGCGGGGUCUGAGGAGGUAGUAGAGGUUUACUGUGACCAAAGCACUGGGUUGGGGGGAUGGACUCUGGUUCAGCAGCGGGAAGACGGGUCUGUUAACUUCAACCGCACUUGGAAGGAGUAUCUAAAUGGUUUCGGACAGAUAGACAAGCAGGGUAAGGGUGAGAUCUGGAUUGGUAACAAAUUCCUGCACCUUCUCACUCAGAAAGAAAGUCUUCUGAGAGUAGAGCUGCAGGACUGGACUGGAGCUGAGGCCUAUGCUGAGUACAACAUUAAAGUUGGCUCGGAGGCUGAAGGUUUCCCCCUGACCGUAUCAGAUUAUGAUGGCGAUGCAGGAGAUGCGUUAGUGAGAGGACAGGCCAACCUCGGAUCCUUUCUUUCACAUGUCGGCAUGAAGUUUAGCACCUUUGAUAGGGACAGUGAUAAGUGGGAGGAAAACUGUGCAGAGAUGUAUGGUGGAGGGUGGUGGUAUAAUAACUGCCAGUCAGCCAACCUUAAUGGCAUUUACUAUAAAGGAGGCCAGUACGACCCAGCCACCAAAGUCCCCUAUGAGAUUGAGAAUGGUGUCGUGUGGCUGCCUUUCAAACCAGCUGAUUACUCCCUCAAAGUGGUGAGAAUGAAGAUCAGACCUGUCUGAAAUGAAAAAAAUAAAGAGGGUAUUGGGGGAAAGGAUUGAUAUCUAUUGUUUUGAAUUAGCUGUAUGAUUAAUAUUCUGCUUGUCUUGAAUGUAAAACAAUAAUGAUGCAACAUACAUUUUUACACAACCAGCUUACCUCAUGUUUCCAAUAAAGAUGUGUUCACUUUAA